UGUGAGGAUUAGAAUGGAGCCGUUCGUUGCGUUCUCCAGAGUUCCCAUUGAAGUUCCCUUGUGUGCAUGCAAGUUGUUCCCAAUUUGUAACUUGCCCGCCGUGUCUUGUGGUCAUGGCAUUGACGUGCUUCGCGCUGUUUUCCUACACCAUCGGCUCUCGCUCCGUUGCAGCUCCAGCUUCAGCUUCGAUCGUCUCUUGCUCCUCGCAACGUUCGCUAAUAAGGCACCGGGUAUCGGUAGCGGAUAUUUUAAUUCGUCGUGGUUCAGAAGAUAUGAAAUAUGCUUGGAUCGGAGCCUUUAGCGACCAUUUUUUGGACCUUCUUUGCUAUGUUGAGAGGACUUUGUUGUGUUGAGUUCUUUGUUGCUGGCUGUGCGCGCGCUGAGCUGAGAAGUGCAGCUUAGGUUUUGGCUCCAUUGUUAGGAGGUGGAAUGGUGUGUGGAAGAAGUGAGAAAUUUAUCGUGGUUGUGGAAUUGAAUGGGCAGGGGGUCACGAGGGGAGGGGAGGGCCGCGUCUGGCAUUGCUGAAAUCAAUGCAGUGUGGAAAUUCGUGCUCGAUUUCGUGAUUUGACGGGGUGGAGUUUGAGUGUUGACUGAUUGCUGCUAGAGAUUGCUUGUUUCACGUGCGUUGCGCUGUUUUCCGUGGUCGAGACAAUGCGUGUGGCCGUAGGUUGUUGAUUGGGGAGGAGUUUUUGCGGAGUUGUCAAUGGUUGUUGUCGAGGUGCAGCGGAGAUUUGGCUAUCUGGCGGUUCAAUGCUUUACUUGCUGCUUCUUUCGAAUAAGCUGUGAAGGGGGGAGUUGUCCGAAGGUGUGGCAAAGAGCUUCGGGUGCUGCAGAUGGUCGCUGUUGUCCAAAUGGACGCACUGCCCUCAGCUUCGGAGUUUUUUGACAUUCUUGACAAUGUCUAUGUUCAUUGGCGUUUAUUCGACCGAGGAUUGAUGGUUUCGUUUCGCCGCUGAUGCAUUUUUAGAUUCCAAUUCCUGUCCGUGUUGAAGAAUUUUUGCGGCAGUACCUUGGAAAUGGCGGAGCGCAGCAUGUAUAGUAGCGGGUACUAGAACCUUUCAGGAGCUGCGGAUAGGGAUGUGUCUCUUGUGGAUAUUUACAGAGGAGAUUCACUACUACAGAGCUUUGGUCUAAAGUUACCCAAGAUGGGCUGAAAGUUCUCAAGGUUCGGUUUUCGUGGACUGGAGUAGCAACGAUGUUGAAAGUCUAGUACAUUUCCUAUGCACUUCUUUCAGUGCUGUAGCAAGCCGUUUUAGAUCUCUAUACAUCUUUUAAGAUUUUGGCGAGGAAUUCAGUGACUCCGGCUGAGGUACUCCAACAAAGAUGUUGGAUACCACGGAGCAAGUGCCAUUGGAUCCAUUGAGAAGCGGAACGCCUGCGAAGCAUCAUCAAGCGCAGCUCGCAGGUCUCAAACGUCUAUCGGCCCGUGCAAGCGCAGGGCCCAUUACUCCACCAGGCACCCGCCGAGUCUUCUUCUCCUUCUCUGCUUAUGCCCGAAGCGUCCUUGACAAACUGAAGAAGUGCAAAGUUCCCAUAGCUGAAGGCCUCUCCGACGAAGAGUUUGAGAGGAUCGAAGCAACAUAUGGAAUCACAUUUCCGCCAGACUUGAAAGGGAUACUCCAUGAGGGUCUUCCUGUGGGGGCGGGCUUUCCCAACUGGCGAGCUGGUAACCGUGACCAUCUUAGUAUGCGCAUCAACCUACCCGUAGUUGGGCUUUUGCGUGAAGUCGCCAAUUCAAGUUUCUGGUGGAAAGCAUGGGGUCCUAGACCUAAGGACAUUAAUCAAGCUGUCAGGAUUGCGCGUUCUGCUAUACGAAAGUCUCCAAUUCUCGUCCCUAUGUAUGGUCACUGUUAUAUCCCGUCUUCGCCAAAUCUCGCCGGCAAUCCUGUUUUCUUUGUUUACCAGAAAAAUGCUGUCUACUGUGGGUACGAUGUCGCAGACUUUUUUAAUCGUGAAGCUUUCCUCUCACACAAAUUUGAGUUCGGUGAUUUAAUGUAUGACAUGGGAAGUUUCAGAAAUGAGAAAAGUAUUGAAGGUGGCGCUCUAGAACAUGCUAAUAGGGAUGUCGAUUUUGAGCCUGUGCACCGUAGCUCGCACUCUUCAUCAGGGACAGAUGUUUCAGAGGCGUCAGGGUCUGGGAGUUCUAGCAGCGAAGGAGAAUCUUGGGGUCGAAGUCUGGACGUUCUUGCCAAGAAGACUGAGUUCUUGGUGAGCCCGCUCAAGAGAAAUCUUCAGAAUGAAGGUGGAGGCCGGCAGCUAAGCUUUUCAAGAGGUUUUGAUAGGCAACCACAAGAUACUCACACUCCACAAGGUUUUGGGAGCUACGAUGACAUUCUGCGGUAUUCUCACAUCGUCGAGAAGGCCCUUCCUCUAAAGGUUUUGGAGAAUGUUUGUAUGGCUCCAGAGGAUGCUCGAACUCCUCGACGUAUCGAAUUUUGGAGCGAUCUCGCUGAUAAGGUGCAUAAGCAAAUUUUUUCACGAGUUGAAGGUUUCUCUUCACCUCGAAGACAGGAUUUCAAUUUAUUGAAGCCAAGGACUGAUUCCACGAAUGAGAAUCUCGAAGAACAGGAUGGAAUCAAGCCGUCGAAGUGGUUAAACGUAUACUUGGACGAAAUAUCUCUGGUUCUUCGGCAGGGCGGUUGGCGCGAGGAUGAUAUAAACGACAUGAUCGUUUCAGAAUCUCCAUCAAAGCGCUGGAACCAGCAGCACGAUUCGGAGGCAGUUCUGGUUUCCUUGGCCAGGGAAGUGGAGUUACUCUCUACUUCACUUAAAAGGGCCGGAUGGAGCGUCCCUGAUGUGACCGAAACCAUGAAAAUGGGACUGGGUACACGUACAUAGGAUGUUACAAAUCUACAGGCAUUUUACUGUGCAUAUGCAUGAAUUGUAGUCUGAAGCCCAUAUCUUGGCCAGAGAAUUAGCACAUGAUCAUCUACCCCACGACUAUGUUCCUAAACAAUAUGGGAACGUUGACGUUAUUUGGGCGAAUGAGGAGUGGAGCGAGUAUGUAUGGGCGAAAGCGGCCUUUCCUGUAUGCUGAAGAAGAGAGGAUUCAAGCGUUUUACUUAAGUGCCGCCUCCUAAACCAUCAUACCUUUUGUUCAAUUCGUUGAAGGUGUACAAUGCUGCUGUGGGGUGGAGUGCCAUAACAAAAUGCCAACCUACUGAAUAUCGUGACAUAAUCUAGGACCAUGUGCCAUCAGUUGAUAUCGAAGAUUUCUGGCUGUUUGUGAAUUUCUGUGCUCUUUGUACACUCCGUUGGAGCAGAGCAUGCUCACAUACAAAGACUCCACAAUUGGAGCUUAUUAAGUUACCUGGAUUUUUUUAUUUUAUUUUUUUAUUUGUUUAUUUCCCAGCUUUCUUCUAGUCAAACUAGGAGUUGAAAUUUUCAUCUAGCAUAUUUUUACGACUGGAUGAGUUUCUUGACCCCUUUACAUGCAGGGGGUUGCAGUUAAACCUCAGCGGAUUAUCGCAGAUAUUAAAAGGGUUCUGAUUAGAGUAGUGAGUCAGAAAGCCCAUGUGAAAGUACAAUUUUUUCCUCAUUUCGGCGGGGCGUUCGUCGGAAGUUUCCCAGUGUGAGGGCUUGUACAGCAUUGAUACCUUUGAAGCCCAUUGGGUGACUGUACAUCCUGUGAGCACUUUGCUUCAAUAAAGUAUGCUCAUCCGCUAUUUAGAAGCAAUUGGAGCUUCCCUGCUGACGUA